AGUCAUUUUGGCUUCGGCCUCGGUCCCGUGCCGUUCAGUGCCGCGCGUGUCUCCAUUCGCCUGGCAUCGUCCACCGACGCUCGCCCGAGCCGCGUCGCCGCCGCCGGCGUCGGACGCCCCCGCCCUGGGAUUCGUCGACUGCGGCUCCGACUCGCUCCCCGUGCAGGUGCCCAGUCGGUUGGCAUCAAAAGGGCGACGGCAACUGUUCGGUCUCCCGAGCUUUCGCGAUCUACACACACCCGCACGGCUGGCCUGCCUGCGCAUUCUGCGCGCUGCGCGAGGCCCUGCUGCGCGGCGCGGACCUGAGGCUCUUCGCGACGCCCGUCAGGUGCACCGUGCUGCAGAUCGUGCUGAGCAUGACUGGCAUUGUGUGGGUGCAGCACGCCACGUUCGCCUCGCCGAACUUCUCCCUCGGCCUGCUGGUGGAGGUGGUGUGGCGGGUAACUCUGCGCGCGCUGUCUCCUCGUCCUCUUCGGCUCCAUCCGUCGGCAGCGUGUCCUCGUCGUGGGUUCCUGGAGGUUGCUUGGUGCCCGUUCGUGCUUCUCUUCGAGAGCCCCUUUGUGCCGACCGCCUUCCUGGCUUGCCUGUUGUUCCUGCCGGGCUUGUUCUGCCAUGGGCGUCGCGGCACCGAUUCCCGUCGCCGAGGACGUGGUAAAGGUGCUGAAGGAGGGCGGAUGAGCCUCCGCCUGGAUUCCCUCUGGCGGUGUGCCCCCCCCCUCCCCCCUGGAAGAGGACGGCCCUGAGGGUGAGCAGGCGGCAGUUGCUGUUGCGGUUUCUUGAUCGGCCGACGCGGAGGGCGACGAGAACGUUUCUAUGACUGCUGCUGCUGCUGCUUCUAGGGUUCUAGGGGCCACCAUGCUGCAGGCGAGGCUCCUGCCGCUGGCUAGAUGCCGCUGGUUCGAUGCUGCCACUUUCGUGGGCGCCCACUAGUUUGGGCUCGCUGGAUCCUGCGGAAGGGCUCCUGUUCAGCGCAUGUGCCUCCAGUGUGGCGGGCCCCACUGCUGCUGGAUCGCGCGCUGGGCCUCCGCUUCUUCAGUUCAUCGUUGACGACCCCGAUGAUGUGGGCCCUGUGGACGAGUUCGAUUUCAGCGGCGUCGGCUUCUAAUUGUACUCGCAUGUUUGUUCUUCUGGGAUGCUUCAAUAUUUCUGUUAAUUCUGGUGUUGGGCUUGCGGCACUUUGCUUCCGUUGUGGCAUGAUCGUCCUUUCUCGCAGGGGGCUUGGGCUUCCUGAUGCGAUUCGUUCGUAUUUUAUGUGGCACCGUUGGCUGGCGUGAUCGAUCAUCGCAUUCGGAGUGUGUGUGUGUGUGUGUCUGUGUGUGUCUGUGUAUAUGUGUGUGUGUGUG